AGAAAAUGAAGGAGCCCCAAAAUCCCACACAAGCUCCCCACGCUUUUCCUACACAAUCCAACACAUACUAUAUAUUCUUAUAUCCCCGAAAAAUUAUAUGUGAGUAUAUCAUAUAUGUCAAUUUAUGACCUCUAAUCCUCAUCAAAACAUGCCCCAAACUGACAAACCCCCAAACCCAUGCCCCUCCAUACAGCUCCCUGACCCUCCUCCAGAAGUCCAAUCUCCACACUGCACGUCAUCAAAUCCAUCUCGCAGACCCGUUCAAUCUCCGGGCGGAUCAUCCGCGAUCCACACAAAAUAUCGGGGAGUAAGAAGCCAGAGCGGGAAAUGGGUUUCGGAGAUCCGGGAGCCUCGCAAAACGACACGAAUAUGGUUGGGCACGUACCCAACUCCGGAAAUGGCGGCAGCUGCGCAUGACGUGGCGGCUCUAGCACUAAAAGGGCCGGAUACUCCUCUAAACUUCUCCGAUUCCAUACUUACGUCCCCAGUACCCGCGUCCACGUCGGCAAAUGAUAUUCGGGCAGCAGCCGCAAGUGCUGCGGCGAGUCGGUCACCAAAGGCGGAUCAGAAUCCUGGUCAAGGAACGACGUCGUCUAGCAGUGGAAUUGCGAGCACUGGACAGGAGUUUAUUGAUGAAGAAGCAUUACUGAACGUGCCAAAGUUGCUGGUAGACAUGGCAGAGGGAAUGCUACUGAGUCCGCCGAGGAUAAACACUGAUUCGUCGGGGAAUUUGGAGGGAGAGAGUCUAUGGAGCUAUCCUGAACCCGACCCAUAUGAAAGGGAGGAACAGUAAGCAAUAUGGUAUUUGUAUGGUGUGCUGUCUUAAUUUCAAGUUUUAAGUAGGAAGGAAGAAGAAGAAUGAGGAAAUAUUUCGAGUUUUGUCUUUAAUUAGUUCCCAUCAUGCCGGGGGUAUGAUUUCUGGGAAAUAUAUUUGUUGCUUCUAUCACGGGUCAAAGUUAAAUCACCAAAUUGAGAGGCAAAAUUUGUGCCAAAAGUA